AUGCCGCCAGCGUCAUCUCUCGUCGAGAUCGACUCCCUCGAGGCCCUCGUCAUCAUCGACAAUGAACUCGACCCCAUCUCGCCGGCUCCCCCGGACACGGUCCACUUUACUGGAGGCUCCAUCGCGCAGAUCGCCAUGACGACGGCCCCCAAGCUGCCGCCUGGCGAGCGCGGGGAUGCGGCGGUGGAGUUGCGCAUGGACAAUCUGUGCUACUAUACUUCUGCUUAUAAUUACUGUGCCGGGCUGACGUGCCAGACCGCCACUAAAGGGAACGUCAAGCGUACCGUCCUCUUCGACACCGGCCCUGAGGAACAGGCCUGGGAGAAAAACGUCACCCGGCUGCAGGCGGACAUCUCCGCUGUGGAGGUGAUCCAACUGUCUCAUUGGCAUCGGGGCAUGCUCAAAGCCAUCCGAAUGAUCAAAGAGGCCAAGAAAGCCCAAGGCCUUGCAGACACCAGUCUGGUCGUGGACGUGCACCCGUCCCGGCCGGAUUAUCGCGGAUUCGCGCUGGGCGACAAGAUCGUCUCUCUAGAAGCGGAUCCCACGUUCGAGGAGAUUGAAGAAGCCGGGGCGACGGUUCACCGGGAUAGCGAAGUGCAUACGAUCCUGGAUGACAUGUUCCUCAUCUCUGACGAGAUCCCCCGUCGGACUUCGUACGAGACCGGGUUGCGGAACGGGAUGCGGUAUGAUCGGGAGGAGGGGGAGUGGUUUUCUGAUGAGAAGAUCGCCGAUGAGCGAUUCCUCAUGUGUAAUGUGAAAGGCAAAGGCAUCGUCAUGUUCACCGGUUGCAGCCACGCCGGCGUCGUCAAUGCUGCCAGACACGCCAGUAGCCUACUAGGCGAUUCCGUUCCGUUUCAUGCGAUUGUCGGGGGCUAUCACCUCGCCACAAGCGACGACGCCCAGGUCGAGAGCACCGUUCGUGAUCUCAAGCGCCUCGACCCGGCGGUCCUGCUGCCGGGGCACUGCACGGGCUGGCGAGCUAAAUUUGCGAUCGAGAGACAUCUGCCCGGGAGUCUAGUGCCCUGCAUGGUGGGGUCGAAAAUUUCCUUUUAA